CUGUGGUCAGAAUUUCAACGUCCCGCAACCACAAAACAGAGUUUUCAAAUUCACUCAUCGUCGUCGUCUGCUUCUUCUCCGUCAAUCUCUCUCUCUCUCCGUCGCUAUCAUUUUUCUCUCUCUAAAGCAACAAAACACCAAAAGCCUCUCUGAAUUUGACGGCUCCGCUACAUUUAGCGAUCUGCAUCGUGCUGCACCAGAUCGGAGCACAGAGAUGGAGGAGGCGCUGGAACUGGCGAGGGCGAAGGACACGAAGGAGCGGAUGGCGGGAGUGGAGAGACUACACCAGGUUUUAGAAUCUUCAAGGAAGGCGCUGACGUCAUCGGAGGUUACGUCGCUUGUGGACUCGUGCAUGGAUCUGCUUAAGGACAACAACUUCAGGGUCUCACAGGGCGCUCUUCAGUCCCUAGCCUCCGCCGCAGUCCUCUCCGGCGACCACUUCAAGCUCCAUUUUAACGCCCUACUCCCGGCCGUCGUCGAUCGUCUCGGUGACGCCAAGCAACCUGUUCGUGAUGCCGCCCGCAGGCUCCUGCUCACUCUCAUGGAGGUUUCUUCUCCUACAAUAAUCGUUGAACGAGCAGGAUCCUCUGCGUGGGCCCACAGAAGUUGGAGAGUCAGAGAGGAGUUCACACGAACUGUUACAUCAGCAAUUAAUCUAUUUUCAUCUACUGAGCUUCCACUUCAACGGGCCAUUCUUCCUCCUGUUUUGCAUUUGCUCAAUGAUCCAAACCCUGCCGUUCGUGAUGCAGCUAUUUUGUGCAUUGAGGAGAUGUAUGCUCAAGCUGGCCCUCAAUUUCGUGAUGAACUUCAACGCCACAAUCUUCCGUCAUCUUUGGUAAAAGAUAUUAAUGCCAGGCUAGAGGGAAUUCAACCGAAAGUCCGCUCUUCAGAUGGUGUUCCGAGUGGUUAUAUCACUGGGGAAAUUAAGCCUUUAAAUACCAAGAAAAGUAGUCCAAAGGCUAAAAGUUCAUCAAGGGAGACCUCUCUAUUUGGAGGGGAAGGUGAUGUUACUGAGAAGCCUUUAGACCCUAUCAAGGUAUAUUCAGAGAAGGAGUUAACCAGGGAAAUUGAGAAGAUUGCAUCUACUCUUGUACCAGAAAAAGAUUGGUCAAUUCGUAUUGCUGCUAUGCAGAGAGUUGAAGGUCUUGUUCUAGGAGGUGUUGCUGAUUAUCCAAGUUUCCGGGGACUCUUGAAGCAACUUGUUGGACCUUUGAGCACACAGUUGUCCGACAGAAGGUCUAGCAUUGUGAAGCAGGCUUGUCAUCUACUUUGCUUUUUAUCCAAGGAACUCUUGGGGGAUUUUGAAGCUUGUGCUGAAAUGUUUAUACCAGUCCUUUUCAAGCUGGUUGUGAUUACUGUGCUUGUAAUUGCAGAGUCAGCAGAUAAUUGCAUAAAAACGAUGCUGCGCAACUGCAAAGUUGCUCGUGUGCUUCCUCGUAUAGCUGAUUGCGCAAAGAAUGAUCGAAAUGCAGUUCUUCGUGCUAGGUGUUGUGAAUAUGCCCUUUUGGUCCUAGAACAUUGGCCUGAUGCACCAGAAAUACAUCGAUCAGCUGAUUUAUAUGAGGAUAUGAUAAAGUGUUGUGUUUCAGAUGCAAUGAGUGAGGUACGAUCUACAGCAAGGAUAUGUUACAGAAUGUUUGCAAAAACUUGGCCAGAACGUUCUCGACGUUUAUUCUCAUCCUUUGACCCUGUAAUCCAGAGGUUAAUAAAUGAAGAGGAUGGAGGAAUACAUAGGCGACAUGCUUCCCCUUCCAUUCGUGAUAAAGGCGCACUGAUGACUUUACCAAGUCAAGCCUCUGCUUCCUCUAAUGUACCUGGUUAUGGAACUUCUGCUAUUGUCGCAAUGGAUAGAAGUUCAAGUGUAUCAUCAGGGACAUCUGUUUCUUCUGGCAUACUUCUUUCACAAGCUAAGUCACUUGGUAAGGGUAAUGAACGCAGUUUGGAAAGUGUAUUGCAUGCUAGCAAACAGAAGGUCACUGCUAUUGAAAGCAUGCUUAGAGGCUUGGAUUUGUCUGAUAAGCAUAAUUCAUCUCUCCGGUCAUCAAGUUUGGAUCUAGGAGUUGACCCUCCAUCAUCUCGUGAUCCACCAUUCCCAGCUGCUGUUCCUGCGUCUAAUCAUCUGACAAGCUCUUCAACAACAGAAUCAACUACUUCUGGCGUCAAUAAAAGUAGUAAUCGAAAUGGUGGUCUUGGUUUAUCUGACAUAAUCACUCAAAUUCAAGCUUCGAAAGAUUCUGCCAAGUUUUCAUAUCAUAGUAAUGUCAGUGCUGAGACUUUAUCAUCAUUAUCUUUAUAUUCAAGUAAAAGGACUUCUGAAAGAUUACAGGAAAGACGUUCUUUUGAUGAUAAUAGUGACAUUCGAGAGGCUAGGAGAUUUAUGAAGGCCAACACUGAUAAGCAUUAUUUGGAUGCUCCAUAUAGAGAUGUAAACUUAAGGGAUUCACAUAAUAGUAAUGUGCCUAAUUUCCAGAGGCCGCUGUUGAGAAAGAAUGUUACUGGGCGUAUGUCUGCUGGCAGGAGGAGGAGUUUUGAUGAUAACCAGCUUUCUCUUGGAGAGGUGUCAAAUUAUUCAGAUGGUCCAGCAUCUCUUCAUGAAGCUUUGAGUGAAGGACUUACUUCAGGGUCUGACUGGUCUGCCAGGGUUGCUGCCUUCAAUUAUCUUCACUCUUUGUUGCAGCUAGGUCCAAAGGGGGUUCAAGAAGUUGUCCAAAAUUUUGAGAAGGUAAUGAAGUUGUUUUUCCAGCAUUUGGAUGAUCCCCAUCAUAAGGUUGCACAGGCUGCUCUUUCUACUCUUGCGGAUAUAGUUGCAGCAUGCCGAAAGCCUUUUGAGGGUUACAUGGAAAGAAUAUUGCCACAUGUCUUUUCACGUUUAAUAGACCCUAAAGAGCUUGUUAGACAGCCUUGUUCAACCACCUUGGAAGUUGUUAGCAAAACUUACAGUAUAGAUUCACUCUUACCUGCAUUGUUACGCUCACUAGAUGAACAAAGGUCUCCCAAGGCUAAGUUGGCUGUUAUCGAAUUUGCCAUCAGUUCUUUUAAGAAGCAUGCAAUGAAUCCAGAAGGUGCUGCUAAUAUUGGCAUCCUAAAAUUAUGGCUUGCCAAGUUAGCCCCAUUGGUUUAUGAUAAAAAUACAAAACUUAAAGAAAAUGCCAUUACAUGCAUUAUAUCAGUGUACUCCCACUUUGAUUCAACUGCAGUUCUUAACUUCAUACUUAGUUUGUCAGUUGAAGAACAAAAUUCUUUGAGACGAGCACUUAAACAAUACACUCCUCGCAUUGAAGUAGACCUAAUGAAUUAUCUGCAAAGCAAGAAAGAUCGGCGUUCUAAGUCUUCCUUUGAUCCGUCUGAUGUUGUGGGGUCAUCCUCAGAAGAUGGAUAUGUUGGUUUCUCUAGAAAAGCUCAAUACCUUGGAAGGUAUUCUGCUGGUUCCUUAGAUGGUGAUAGUGGCAGAAAGUGGAGUUCUCAAGAUUCAACCCUGAUUAAAGCCAGUCUUGGCCAGACAGCUUCAGGUGAAAUUCAGGAACAUUUGUGUCAGAAUCUUGAGACAGAUUCCACUAGUGGGAGUGUUGGUGCAAAAACUAAUGAUCUUGCAUAUGCAGUUAAUCCAGUGGGACAAAACUUUGGUUCUCAAACUAGCCAACUUGGACAUGUGGACAAUAGCUUGAAUUAUGAGGGUCUUUCAAUUCCUCAUCUUGAUGAUAAUGGUCUGGUGUCAUUAGAGCAAUUAAAUGGUGCUGAAGCAUAUGUACAUGACAAAGAACAUUCUUCUGAAUUGGAACUGAACCAUCACUUAGCUGAAGCUGUAAAGGUUAAUUCCAUGACCGACACAGGACCCAGCAUUCCUCAAAUUCUUCAUAUGAUAUGCAGUGAGGGUGAUGGCAGCCCUAUUUCAAGUAAACGGACAGCACUUCAACAGUUAGUUGACGCUUCUAUAACAAAUGAUCAUUCUGUUUGGACUAAGUACUUCAAUCAGAUUUUGACAGUUGUUCUUGAGGUGCUGGAUGAUUCAGAUUCCUCAAUCAGAGAGCUUUCUCUCUCACUGAUAGUUGAGAUGCUUAAAAAUCAGAAAGAUGCAAUGGAGAACUCAGUUGAGAUUGUAAUUGAGAAGCUGCUUCAUGUCACAAAAGAUAUAAUUCCGAAGGUCUCAAGUGAAUCAGAGCACUGCCUGAACAUUGUUUUGUCCCAGUAUGAUCCAUUCAGAUGUUUAAGUGUUAUAGUCCCUCUUCUGGUUACAGAGGAUGAGAAAACUCUUGUCACUUGCAUAAAUUGCUUGACAAAGCUUGUUGGCCGGCUGUCUCAAGAGGAACUGAUGGCUCAGUUACCUUCAUUUCUACCUGCUCUUUUUGAAGCUUUUGGAAACCAGAGUGCAGAUGUUCGCAAGACCGUUGUUUUCUGUCUUGUGGACAUCUAUAUCAUGCUUGGGAAAGCAUUCUUGCCAUAUUUGCAAGGGCUUAACAGCACACAGUUGAAGUUGGUCACUAUUUAUGCGAAUAGAAUCUCACAAGCGAGGACAGGCAAAGCCAUUGAUGCCUCUCAUGAUUAGAAUGCUCAUUCAGAAGUAAAUUUGUGAUUUUUGGGUGUUAUUAUUCUUUGUUGUGUAUUUUGUAUAUUUGCGUGCAUGAAUUUUAGAGGUCCGUUUCCUCUUGUUUUAUAAAAUAUAGUUUUGGUCUUUACUUUUUCUAUGCCAAUGUUUAUUCGAAUUUAGAGGUGCUGGUGGUGAUCUGGUGGAAUGCAGUGACACAUGUAAUGUAUAUUGAGUAAACAUUAUUGAUUUGAUUGUACUACAUUCUUUUAGUGGUUCAUUUACUUUAUAUUGGAUUUAGGUAUAAGUUUCUUGAAACGUAUUUUCAAGCUACAAUUAUUGUCAUCCCAAGAAAAUCAUCUAUCCAUUUUUAUACUAUUAUCAUCAUUAUUUUAGGGGACCCUAACGUGCCAGAAUAACACCAAAGUAUUCG